AUGAAGGGAUCAAGAAGGGUAAAUUCGCCUUACGCCUAUUAUAGCAGUAGGCCUGCAGUACAGGCUUUAAACAAGAUAUCUAGGAAUAGCCUCACCCAUCGCCCACAACAGCGGAAGAAGACUCGGAAGGGCUGCUUAGAUUGCGAUAUUCCGUUAUAUAUCGAUAGAGAUUGCUAG